UCACGCUGUUGUGGCAGGAAAGUUCAAGGUGUCCUGGCAGCAGGAAGCUCCUUUGCUCCACCCUCUGCCCUGCGCACCGGCUCUCUGAGCUUAUCGAGGACUUGCUGGAACAGAACUGUGCCGGCAACCUGAGCCGCCGUGCGGCAGCUCGGGUGGGAGCUGGACCCCCAACAUGAAGCACUUCUCUGGCAAGCCCUGGGCAGCUUUCGCUCUGGUCUUCUUCGCCAGCGCGCUCCGGUAUUCCUGCUCUGAAGCUGAAGAUGUCUCCAAUGUUUCAACAAGCUCCAUGCUCACAACUGAGUACGAACCACCAUGUCUUAACGUGAACUUCUGCCCACAAGCGGCCAUGUGCUGCCCGACGGCUAUGGACGAUUAUGGAUGGAUUGCAGCGGCCGUCGGCUGGAGCCUCUGGUUUCUGACCCUCAUCCUACUCUGUGUGGACAAGAUCAUGAAACUCCGGCCUGACGAGCCCAAAUAUUUGGUGGCCUGAAGCAGGGCAGGUCAGCAAGCAGCAGCAGGACCCAGGAGCAGUGAGGUGCAGCCUGACAGAGCAUUUCAAUCACUUCCUAAGAAACAAAAAAGAAAGGGAACGUACCUUCAGCCAAAAAAGGCCAGGUUUAAGUGGGGCACUUGCUGGGGCUUCAUCCUCCAUGGCACAUAAAGAGCUGCCAGGCAAGGUGUGGAGCAAGCAAGUCCCUGCCAGCCACCAUGUAUGACGUCCCACAGCGCACAGAAAUCCUUGUCCCUGACCCCAUUUCAUGCUCGCUGUGAGUGCACCAGCAGCCAUGAGACGCUGAAGGACCAGUUACCAGUCUAGAGCAUAUUGCCUUAAGAAGCACAGUACAAAACCUUUGACUUUGAAACAGAGAGUGGGCAAAUAAAGCUAUUUUCUGGAGGAUCGGUGUUACCAGAUCCAUCACUAAGCCACGGGCCAGGUUACAUCAGUACCUCAGGUGUAACUCAUUGAUUACACUCCAUCCUUCCCACUCGCUAACCUGCGGUAUUUUAAAGUCUAUUAACUGACACCAGUGCAAACUCUGUUACGGAAACCUAAAGAUCGUUUGGGCCGGUUUGAAAUUAAAACUACUUUUUUUCAGUGCAGUCUACACGUGAACCGUUUUGUGGGAACUGAACGUUGGUUGUACUCAUUCAGCUUGUACCUGCCCACGUAACUAAACCAAGCUGAACCACGGCAAGCGGGAUUAAACCAGCACAUCCAAUUCACGCACAAAACUGCUCCUAUUUAUGCAAGAUGAUAAUAAACGCUCUUACUGAUGGAAAGAUU